GCCAUGGAGCUGGAACCUCCCGAAGGAGGCUACUUGGACCUUCUCAACAGCAGUGUUGAUCCCUUGCAACUCUACCACCGAUAUGACCAAAUGGAUUUGGCUGCAGAAGAAGAGAUUGAGCUCUGCUCAGAGCCUGACACGGACACCAUCAACUGUGACCAGUUCAGCAGGCUGUUGGAGGAGAUGGAAGUUGAUGAAGAAACCAGGGAGACUUAUGCCAGCAUAGCGGCUCUGGACCAGUAUGUGUUCCAGGACUCCCAGCUUGAGGGCCCAAGCAAAGACAUUUUCAUAGAGCACAUGGGCUCAGAAGAUGUGGUCAGUGAGAGUGUGGAGAUGCCCACAGACGCAGGGCAGAAGAGUCAGAAAAGACCUUUCACAGAGGAGCUGCCCGCAGACUCGAAGCACAGGAAGCUAGCCGAGCCACUCGCUGGGCCCACCGUGACUGACUUCGGGGUGACUGGCAGCCUCGAGGUGGGGCUGGCGAGUGAUUCCUCAGGAUCCCCCUGUCCAUGGGUGCCUCUUGUCCUCAACAAGGAGCCAGCCCCCGACCCGGCACAGCCUGAGGAGACUGUUGUGAUGACAGUUUCCCCUUCCAGGCCCUUGUUCAGCUGCCUGAACCUGCCCGAUGGAUCUGUCCAGAUCAUCCCCACCCUCCCCACUCUGUCCGAAGGGCUCUGUCAGCUCUCCAGGCCUGGGGCAGGGGUCUCUGGAAUACUCGUCUACCACAGUGGGAUGACUCAGGCCAGCCAGGUAUCCCCUCCCAGCAGCCUAGGUGUCCACAGCCUCCCGAAGUCCCCAGACCGACCUGGUUCUACCAGCCCCUUUGCCCCAUCAGCUGCUGACCUGCCCAGCAUGCCUGAACCAGCCCUGACUUCUCGUACAAACAGGACAGAGGGUGAACUAUCUCCUACCCAAUGCCCAGCAGAUCUGGAGGUCUCCUGCAAGAUUCAAAAACAACCUGAGGCGGUGGAGCGGUUCUGCUGCUCGCUGAGGGACCAGUACCUGGCUGAGCCUGCAGUCCCAGAUGGCAUCCAGGUGGAGGUGGAGCUGGUGUGGGCACGGCUCGAGAGGAGCAGCAGCAAGGGCCAGGAGAGGGAGCUGGCCACCCAGGACUGGACGGAGCGCCACCUGGACCGCAGGCGUCUGGCCGAGGUACUGCAGGCCUCUGGCGACCACCGGCGGCGGCGUGAGACCCAGGUGAUCGCAGUGCUGGGCAAGGCCGGGCAGGGGAAGAGCUGCUGGGCACGGUCUGUGAGCCAGGCCUGGGCCCGUGGGCAGCUGCCGCAGUACGACUUCGCCUUCUAUGUGCCUGGCCACUGUCUGGACCGUCCGGGGGACACCUACCACCUCCAGGACCUGCUCUUCUCCCUGGGCCCACUGCCAGCACCGGCGGAUGAAGAGGUCUUCCGUCACAUCUUGAGGUGGCCCGAGCGAGUGCUGCUCAUCCUGGACUCCCUCGAGGACCUUGACGCCCACGACGGCCUCCUGCACGGUGCAGGUGGGCCCCUACCCACAGAGCCCUGCUCCCUCCGGGGACUGCUGGCUGGCCUCUUCCAGCGCAAGCUGCUCCGGGGCUGUACACUGCUGCUCACGGCCCGGCCCCGGGGCCGCCUCGCCCAGAGCCUGGCCAAGGCCAACGCCCUACUGGAGAUGAGCGGCUUCUCCACCGAGCAGGUGGAGGCCUGCAUGCUGCAUCACUUUGACCGCGAAGCCCAGCGCCAAGAGGAAGCCCUGGCGCUCCUCCGCCGCCAGCCGUUUCUCCUCAGCCACAGCCACAGUCCCACCCUGUGCCGGGCCGUGUGCCGGCUCUGCGAGGCCCUUCUGGACCAGGACCAGGAGGCCCAGCUGCCGGAUACACUCACAGGCCUCUUUGUCAGCCUGUUGGCCCCAGCUUCCCGUGAUGGACCCCCAGGGGCCCUGGUGAGCCUAGCCAAGCUGGCCUGGGAGCUAGGCCGAGGGCACCGCAGCAUCCUGGGGGAGACCCAGCUCCCCUCAGCAGAGGCCAAGGCCUGGGCGAUGGCCAAAGGCCUGGUACAGGCCUGUCCAGGGACGCUGGGGACUGAACUGGCCUUCUCCAGCUUCCAGCUGCAAUGCUUCCUGGCAGCUGUGUGGCUGGCAGUAAGCAAUGAAGUCAGGGACAAGGAGCUGCCUCAGUAUUUGGCCUUGAACCCCCGCAAAAAGCGGCCUUAUGACAACUGGCUGGAGGGUGUGCCCCGCUUCCUGGCUGGCCUGAUAUUCCAGCCACCCUCCCAGGUCCUGGAAGCCCUGGUGGGGCGUCCAGUGGCUUCGCAGGUGGAUAGGAAGCGAAAGGUGCUCACGAGAUACCUGAAGCGAUUGCAGCCUGGGAUGCUGCGGGCCGGGCGGCUGCUGGAACUGUUUCACUGCCUCCACGAGGCAGGGGACACUGAGCUCUGGCAGCACGUGGUGCAUGGGCUCCCUGCCCACCUCUCCUUCUUGGGCACCCGGCUCACUCCCCCAGAUGCUCACAUGCUGGGCCGGGCCUUGGAGGAGGCCAAGCGAGACUAUUCCCUGGACCUUCGCAGCACUGGCAUCGACCCCUCUGGGCUGGGGAGCCUCGUGGGACUCAGUUGUGUCUCCUGUUUCAGGGCCGCCCUGAGUGACACAGUGGGGCUGUGGGAGUCCCUGCAGCAGCGUGGGGAAGCCAAGCUCCUCCAGGCAGCAGAGGAGAAGUUCACCAUUGAGCCUUUCAAGGCCAAGUCUGUCAAGGAUGUGGAAGACCUGGUCAAACUCGUACAGAUUCAGAGGACAAAAAGUCCCUCUGGAGAUGCUGGGGAGCUUCCUGCUGUCCGGGACCUAAAGAAGCUGGAGUUUGCGCUGGGCCCCGUCUCUGGUCCCCAGGCGUUCCCCAAACUGGUGACAAUCCUCACAGCCUUUUCCUCCCUCCAGCAUCUGGACCUGGACUCGCUGAGUGAGAACAAGAUCGGGGACAGAGGAGUCGCCCAGCUCUCGGCCAUAUUCCCUCAGCUGAAGGCUCUGGAGACGCUCAACCUGUCCCAGAACAACAUCACCGAUAUGGGGGCCUGCACGCUCGCCGAAGCCCUGCCUGCACUGGCUGCCUCCCUCCUCAGACUGAGCCUGUACAAUAACUCCAUCUGCGACACGGGAGCCAAGAGCCUGGCCCACGUGCUUCCCGACCUGGAGUCCCUCCGGGUGCUCGAUGUCCAGUACAACAAGUUCACCGCAGCCGGGGCCCAGCAGCUCGCUGCCAGCCUGAAGAAGUGCCCUCAGGUGGAGACACUGGCGAUGUGGACACCCACCAUCCCAUUCAGUGUCCAGGAGCAUCUGCAGCAGCUGGACUCACGAAUCAGCCUACGGUGA